UAGAGCGUGAGACUCUUAGUCAUCACGGUAUCUCAAGGUUGCGGGUUCGACCCCCGCGUUCGGCUACUCUUUUUUCUUUUUCUACGUGUCAUUCCCGGUGGCUCGAGAUUUUCCCAAUCACCUUGACGAGCUACAGGGAAUGGACGGGGUCUUUGAAGCUCAUUCAGAUGGAUUGAGUGUAUGGGAAUACGUUUAAAAUUACACACCUACUAGGUAACAUGCGACCUCCAUCAAAUUCUCAAUAUUCGUUCUGAAUGUACAAUGUUAUCCGGCCAGGAACAGAGACAUAGAUAGUCGCGGUAUAUAUAUUCAGGUACCUAACCCGAUUGAUGAUAUUUGCGCAAAAACCCCGAAUUAGGAAUGGCAUGUCGCCUUGCAUUAUAUAAGAGGCACCAAAUGGAAGCGGAGAGCAGGAAUGUUGCAAUCAAUUAUUAGUUACGCCCCGAUUUAAUUGCGAUGCCUAGGAAUUCACCCUUCUACCGACCACUGAAAUGUUAGCCUAAGAUCAUCUGUAACAUGGAGCAAAACAAUUCUUCUAAUCCCUCGUCCUUUCCCGCCCGAAGCCGAGGGUUAACAUGCCGACCAAUUCUACGCUGGCGUCGUUCAGCAGCUCCGAAUACGAACCUCUGCAAUAAUUGUGCCAACUUACCAAUACGCGAAGCGCUCUUAUAUAUCCAUUCCGUGGACCUGAAAUAUCUCUAUGGAUUUUCUCACGUGGUCCAAAUUAAACAUGAUUGCGUACUCUGCACGAUGGCCAUUGAAGCUCUCCAGGGCCAAACUAACCCUUUGUACACCAAAACGCCAGCCACAGUCGGCUUUUCUAUUUCGAAGCACUCCCGGAACGUCAUCCGGAUCUAUGAUAAAAGUGAUGGUCGAAGAUCCACCGGCAAGAUCCGAGUUCUAAAGAACGACACAAAGCUUCUAAAACCAUGCAAGUCGGAGGAGCCUCCGGGUUUUGAAGAAGAUUUCUUCGGUCGUAGGAUUAACGACAGGCAGAUCGAUUUCAAUCUCGUCCGUGCAUGGCUUUACGACUGUGAAAACAACCUAGUCCACCACGGUGGAGCAUCGAUAUCAAAGCCAAUUGACCUGAUCCUAAUCGACGUCGUAGAGAAAAGACUCGUGGAGAAGAGCUCAACUGUCAGGUAUCUUGCCUUGAGCUAUGUCUGGGGUCAAGCCGGGGGGCUCCAGACAGUGAAGCAGAACUAUGACUUAUUGCGAAGAAAGGGCUCUCUCUCCCCAAACAGAAAAGAUAUACCCCGGGUCAUUGCCGAUGGCAUGAUUCUUAGUCGAAAGCUGCGCGAGCGCUAUCUAUGGGUUGACCGUCUCUGUAUCAUCCAGGAUGGUACCGCUAAGCAUGAGAAUAUCCAAGAGGCGGGCAAGGUCUAUUCACAUGCUCUCAUGACCAUUUGCGCACUCAGUGGGAAAGAUGCAAACCAUGGCUUACCAGGUGUUCGUCCUGGUUCUCGACCCCCACAGACGAUCGAGCGAGUGCAGGGAGUCCGUUGUAUGCCCGCACUCCCAAGCCUUCAAUAUGCGCUUGAAUCUUCUCUUCACACAACUCGUGGGUGGACAUUUCAAGAGGUUCUGCUCUCUCCUCGAUGCCUUUUUGUAUCUGAUCGGCAGGUGUACUUUACUUGCUUUAGAGACACGGUUCGUUCCGAGGAUGCCAUUGCAGUACGUGACCUGUCUAUCAGAAACGUAUAUGGUUUACUCGGUGGCGCUGGAUUGUAUGGUGGUCUCGUUGAACGCUAUACAAAACGCAGUUUAAGUUAUGACAGUGAUGUUUUGAAUGCAUUUGCCGGUGUCAUGACUAUUUUGGGUCGUCAAUAUAGGAUGGAUGGCUGGGAAGAGCAUGCUGCUGGUCUUCCUGUUCGGGACUUUCUCUAUGCUCUUCUCUGGGCACCCUUGGGCACCCCUAUCCGACGGACCCUUUUAACAAGGGGCCAGCCUCACGCAGACUUUCCAAGCUGGUCCUGGGUAGGCUGGAAAGGCCCCAUAUCCUAUCAAUCAGUUUCGCACUGGCGCGCUGAUUUUACGAGCUGGGAUCAAGUUCAUUGGCGUGAGAGGGUCUUCACGCCAAUCUCGAUGAAGAUUACACAACCGACCAGAACCCAGAGAAGCAUAUAUUACCCCCAAGGAUGUUCCCACGAGGACCCUUGUUUAGUUGCGAUCUGGGAACGACAAAUAGUCGACACUCAAAAAAAGCAGAAGGGCGAUGUCAAGUGGGGCAUGCUUGAUUCAUCAUUCAUAUCGAGUCUCAGUGGACGGAGCAUUCUUCAGUUUCGGACUCUUGCCAUUUCAGCGAACUGUUUCUCCUAUAGGAAGGAUCGGUGUAUUGAAAGGUGUGAAGAUACUAAUAGUUAUCCCCUCUUUGACUGCCAGGAUCAACUAUGUGGAGCUACUAUCGGUGCAGUGCCUUCCGGCAUUGACAGCUUAUAUUCUAACUGCAAGUAUGUAUUCCUAUGCUACGGUAAGGAUCCGCUCUUCUCCUCGGCAGGGGUGAGAGUUAAAAUUUACGAUUUAUUUUGCCAUGGACCUCAGUGGUGCUGUGUUCCGUUCUUUCUGCUUAUCCAGCCUUGUGGGGACUUUUGGGAGCGAGUCGCACUGGCAGUUAUUGACCCAAAGGCGUUUGAGACACAACAACCUCAGUGGGAAUAUGUCCAAUUGACGUAGUGGUAUGGAUCUGAACUAUCAAUAGUCAAUUACCUACCUUUACCUGUAUUAUAAUCUAUUUUUAUUCAAGACC